AUGGAAAUAUUUAUCCACGAAAUGGAUUACUACAUUUUUGAUAUUUUUUCUCAAGGUGAAUCCGGUGAAUCUAGUAGUUCGUUACAUCGUUAUCCCUCGUAUAGUGAAUUUCACGAGGCUUUGGAUUCAUACGAAGUGAAGACGAAAACUCAUUACACAGUUUUGUCAGAAACCAAAGAUUUCAACAAAGAUCAAUGUUUACAAGAGGUUUUAGAAGCCUCUUCAUCACCUCAAAUUUGUUGGCAAUUAACACAUAAAGAAGACAGUCUUCCCAUUCAUUUUAAUGGCAUAUCAUAUAUAUGGCUCGGUACAAAGAAAUACCAAUGCCACCAAGGGAAAGACAGAGGUAUCUCCAUAAAAAAGAAAUACAAACAAGAUCGAGAAGAAAAACUUCGUGGUGACCACCCCGAAUGUGUUAGAACGAGAAAACUGGCACAACACACCAAGAAGUUGGAUUGUCCUGUUGUAUUCAGCGUGAAGAAACUCCUACUGUUUCCUGGGUAUAAAAUCGAAAAAGAUUCUAAAUGGAACAGAACUGUUGCUUCAAAAAAAUUGAAAGGCGCAUUGGUGAAGUAUCACAUGAAAGAUGAUCAAUUAACAAUAGAGAGUCGAUUGCAGUAUAUAACGACAUUUCCAACUGAGACGCAUAGCAACCAUAAUAUGGGAGAGGCUGCUGGAUUAAUCGAACCAUUGGACCAACGAGUUGCUAAUUAUAUGAAACAAUUAAUUAGAGGUGGUUGUCGAAAAACAAGAGAGCUGAAGUUGGCAGCAGCUGAGUUUGUGAAAAACACUAUUUUUUCUGGUAGAUCAAAUCCAGAAAAAAGUAGGCGCAGAUUCACGCCAAGUAGAAAGAAAAUCAAAAAUUUGAUUACUUCAGUCAAAAUCGAAACACGAUAUUCAAAGAUUGACCAGGAGAAUGUUGAGUCUUUGAAAAACGAAUGGUCAGACUGGGCGGAUAUCUAUUUCAGUGCACGAUUGCAAAACAAACAAGUUGAAGUUACUACUGAAUUCAAAGACGAUGAAAUCGAUGAUAAAAACGAUAACGAUCUCGAUAUUGACGAUGAAGAAGUGGGCGAGGAAGAGCAAAAAAUUUAUGACACCACAUCUACCGAUGGUAAAUUUCUCUUCGUUUAUCAAUCAAAAGUAAUGCAACGCCUCUACUCUACAGAAGAUACGCUUCACAGCUGA